CUAGUGGAGAAUCUUACUGGUCCGAAAAACCCUGAAAAUCACAGGUUUCCAAAAGAGGCCAUUUCCAUCUUUGCGAUAACCAGAGAUACCAUUUUCUUCAGAUUAUCUCUGCAUUGAUGGUGAUCACUAGAUAUAAUUCAAGAUAUCCAUGCUGCAUUCUCUCUUCGAUGGUGAAUGUAAAGAAAUAAGUCAGAUGUAGAACAAGUAAAUAUGCACCAAUCAUAUUUAAAGCAGAAAGAAUUAUUCGUGCUUCCGUGGACUGUUUAUUA